CCCACACCCCAGCGGAGCCGAGUCCGGGAGGGACGCAUCACACCAGCUCUCUCCGCCGACCCCCAACCCCCGCCCCGCCCAUGGCCGCGCCGGGACCCCGCGCCUUACGGGCCGCGCUCUGUGGCGGCUGCUGCUGCCUCCUCCUGUGUGCCCAGCUCGCUGUGGCUGGUGUGUAGUGGGGCUUAGCGGAUCCAGGUAAAGGAGCUCGAGGCUUUGGGCGGGGAGCCCUGCUCCGCAUGAACAUCUGGCCAGCUGUCCCGGGGGCCUGCAAACAGUUCAAGCUCUGUGAGCAUUGUGUGGAGGGGCACAAAGCACACAACCUCUCUGGCUGCGUGUGGGAGCAGUGUCAGCCAGAGGAGCCAGGACACUGUGUGGCCCGAGCUGAGGUGGUCAAGGAAGGUUGCUCUGUCUACAACCGCUCAGAGUCGUGUCCAGCUGCCCACCACCACCCCACCUAUGAACCAAAGACAGUCACAACAGGGCUAGGAUCCUGGUCCACAGUGGCCUGCUAUGACCUGCACCCUGCAGGGAGCCCCCCAGUCCCUGAAGCCCACGGCCCUGGCUUUGAUGGGGCCAGCUUCAUUGGGGGCGUCGUGCUCGUGCUGAGCCUGCAGGCAGCGGCCUUCUUCGUCUUGCGCUUCCUCAAGGCCAAGGACAGCACCUACCAGACACUAAUCUGACCCCCUUCAGGCCUGGAUUCCACACUGAGGGGAAGGAGGACGAAGAGGCUGCCCUCUCGGCCCCCUUGUAGGUGCCGGGGUGGGAAAAACUUUGGCCACCGAUUUCUGGCCCCUGUGGGCAUUAAGCAGGCUCAGUGCCUGGCAGCUGACAUCCCCUCCUGUCCCGGGCCUGGUACCUGCAGCUGAGAGCAUCCUUCAACCACCUCGCGUCUUAUCCAUUAUCCCUGUGGGCCCCCUGCCUGGCACGGGGUCUGUGCCUGCCUCUUCCCACCCACCUGGCACUGCCCCCAAAUAAAGGAAUUCUUUCCAGCACUGUGCUUCA